CAAACAAAUUAUUUAUUUGGUAUUGUGGAUUUGUUCAUGUGUGACAGUGUGUCACGUACAGUUUUCGGUUUUCCGAAGUUCGUAAUUUUAAUUUUUGUUAAAAAGUUUUCGAAACGACACAGAACAUAAUUAAAUGUUUUUAAAAUGAUUAUAGUGCAGCUAAUUUGUAAAAUAGUUGAAGACGUAGUGCAGUUAUUUUAGGCUGUCGUUUAUUUUACUAUGCGAUGGCAGAAGAUUGCACAGUAGUGCGAUUUUCAAGGGAUUCCUCUCUUGCAAAAAUAGAAAAUUUAAAGCAAGGAGACAGUCCCGAUAAAUUUACGGAAUGUGGACGUUUCGGAGCUUUUUAUGUUGUUUGUAUCGCCCUAUCGAUCAUAACCUAUGUCCUAGAUUUGGUUUUAACUUGCAUAUUGUUAUAUUUUUACUCAAUUAACAGUUAUGGGGUGUAUUUCGCGCUCACUCUUACUUUUUUAAUUUUACCUGCUCUUGUUAUGACCACCGUCAGUCUAAGAUGGUAUAUUAUAGAUCAUGAUGAUCCAUCCCUAGAUAGAAUAUCCGUUGCGCAGUGGAUAAUAAGAAUAAUAUUCCUUCUUAUCCAACUCUCGCCUCUUUUGAGGUACAUAGACAUCCUUAUUUAUGGAAUCAGGAGCAAAAUAGCUGCGGCGACGGGAAAUGAAGCUAAACAGGCAAUUUUAUACAGACGAAUGUUGGAUGAAGACACAAACAGUGCUCUAUUGAGGCUGUUCCAUUGCUUUUUGCAUGCUGCUCCACAAGCUAUAGUUCAACUGGUUAUAUUGCUCACACAUGUUGCUCAUCCUGAAUCUUUCCCUCUCAGUAUAAAUGUACUUGUACUUCAAUCCUGGACUGUAUUAGUAGCUUUAAUGUCUAUAGCGUGGUCUUUGACCUCAUAUCACAGAUCAGUCCGAUUCGCUAGGGAUGACAAAGAAAAAAUGAAGUGGCCUGGUAUACUAAUUGCCUUCUGUUGGCAACUUAUGAGCGCAUUGUCACGUGUCUUAGCCUUAAGUCUUCUAGCUUCCAUAUUUCCCGCCUGGAUGGGGUGUGUUUGCGCCCUUCACUGGGGAGUUAUGUCCGUCUGGCUAGCCCUAGGCCAACAUCAAACAGCCGCAUGCAGUAGUAGAUGCGAAGAACUGCUCCUCUCCACUGCCUUAGGUCUUGCUUAUGUCUUGGCCUUCAUCUCGCCAAGAGAUGGACCCACAAGAUACGUGUACCUAGCUUACUACUUAGUCUGCUUUAUGGAAAAUACAGCAGCGUUAGUUGUAUGGUGCGUUACUAACAAUUCGGGGGAUAACCCGAUGCUGUAUUAUGGGGCUGCGGGUGGACAGAUUGUUACUUUUUUACUAGGAAUAAUAUUUUUAAUGAUUUAUUAUAAGUGUUGUCAUCCCGCUCUUUUAAAUAGAUCCAAAAUACCGAGUUUAGAUUCAGAUUUUCUUGAUUCUGAUCGCCCGACCUAUAGCAAGUCUUAUAAUUUGAGACCCAGGUCCUGAUCUUUAGUUUACGUCUAAUUAUUUAAUUAGGCGUCUUAUUCUGUUUUCUUAACCAGAGAUAUACUUAAUUGUAAUGAAAUCAACCUACCAUGUUGCAUAUUCUGAGGUGUUUCUUCCCAAAUAUCUGUAGUAUCUGAAUGAAAAAAAUCAAGUUAGAUUGUUAAAACCUAAUUUUGAUUCAUCUAGCCUUGUAAAGAAUAAUUUAGGGUUUAUUCGUCACAUUGUCUAAUAAACAAGAAAAUCAAAAUAAUGGUAAUGAAGGUUCAAUAUGAUAUUGGGAACAAAAGUAGAAUGCUUUUAAUUUUUAUUCAAGCACUUAAUAAUAAUUGUUUUGUUUAUCAAUACAUUUUUCAUCAUUACUAAAUACUUAAUUUUUUCAUAGAUUGUAUCAAAAAAUAAAAUGCACUUCUUCUAUUUAUUUACUGUGAAACAGUUUAGUUACCAAAAUAAAAGAUAUAUGUAUUUAUAUAUAGCUAUUAUGGCCACUGCCAAAAAUUACUUUAAAAAAUAUGAAAACAGACGAAUACAUUUCUGUUCAUUAAAAACAUAAUAUAUGACACGAAAACUGUUUUCAAAUAGUAAUUUUGAUCUAUUUUCGUUUAUUGUACAGAAAAAUCAUGGUUCCUAUACUUUCCUUCUGUAUACAAACAGGAAAGUAAAAAAAUGGUGGCUGCGGUGUCCCAUAUGUUUGCAGUGUUUGUUUUUAUGAGGAUAUAUUAAUAUAGGCUUGGGUAUAUUUGUCUGAAAUUUCUCAUUUUAGGCUAAAUUACAUUUUUUCAAAUGUUAAAUGGCAAAUAAAAUGUUCAUACUUUUUCAAUUUUAAUUUUCAUACAUUUCCAGUUGGAAGUUUUUUAAACACCUUAUUUAUAUUUUCUGAUAUUUCUUUUGAUUAUUACAAUGAUUUGAGGGGCCUGUAAUUAGUUUUAGAAGUAGGGGAUAAAACAAAAUGCUCAUUUAAUACGAGAUGUGGCUAGAAAAAACCGAAUUUGUGCUAUAUAUCGUUAUUGUUUUUCUUUCACAAUUUUAAUAUUAUCGCCUUCAAUUUACGAUCCUCUCCAUUGGCUAUAGCAGUGCUGUUCAAUCAUUUUUUGAAAGCAUGUUCAUGGUCUCUGUUGCAUUUUUUUUGACAGCUCUGCUGUUUAAAAUCUUCCUUUCGGUGCUGCUUCAACCUUUGGUAAUAACAAGUCAAGUAAUGCGAUCUGGUUAUUAGGGUGGAUGUACUAAUACAAGGACAUGACUUUUUGUUAUGUGCCUAAAACUUUCUUUUUCGAUUCCUACGAAAUCAAGCGCAUGGAUCUUUUCAAUGUUUGUGUCUUUUUGAGGUUCCAGUUCGUCCUGUGCGCGAAUCGUCCAUGAUCACUUCUCAUCCCUCCUUGAUCACUCAAAAAAGCAAUUAUUACUUUGGUAGCAAUAGGGAGAAGAGAUUCCAAGUGACAUGUCGUGUUCCGUUUUACCUUUACGCACUCGCCGUUUGUCUGUAGAACGAGAAGUUCGUUUUUUUUUCUAGCCACCCCCAUAUGGUAAAAUAUACAUAGUAAUAUUUAAUGCUAUUAAAACAGGCAAACCCUCGAUGACUAUGAAGCUGUUGCACCUUUAAUUUUUUCUUAUUAUUUUAUUUCAUCUUCCUAAAACUAUAAGUCACAGACAUUUCAUUUGUACUACUGAAAAUCAAUAUUCGUCAUUCAGUAGUACAUAAUAUCUACAAAAACUUUUACCAAAACAGUUGGGUGAUCCGAUAAAUAUGUCCAACCCUGAUGUAUAUAUCCUAAAGUGAAUAUUUUUCUACUGAAAUUAAACAUUUUAUUUUUAUAUAAAUCUUUUUAUGGAUGGCAAAUUGUGGCGAAAAAACCCUAGUUAAAUUUAAAAAGUUUAUAAAAUCUUUACCUUUCUUGAUCAGAUAUUAUUGAAUCUUUGUAUAUUGUUAAGAGUACAAAUCUUUCUUACAUUCGGUAUUUAUAAAAUAAUUUUUGUGUAAUAAUUAAUAGAUAUUUCUUUUGUGGAGUCCCUAAUUUUUAUUAUAAACUGUUUGAAUUCAGUUCUUUAAAUCGCUUUUUCUAACGUCAAAAAACGCACCCUCUUCACUUUGGGAAACGAGAGUCGCUGAAGAAAAGCCUGACAAAUAUGCGGGUACUAAGGUGUUCUGGUGAAGGGCGUGAAGGAAUCAUUUUUCUUCCCUCAGUGUCUCUAAAACGUGUUUGUAAUAAUUUUGUUCAACUGUCUGUCCUUCUGAUACUCAAUGUUCCAUAAUAAAACCCGUCCUAUUCAAAGAAAACAAUUACAAUGGCUUAAACUUAACUAUGCUUUAUUUUAAGGAAUUCACAUUGUUCUGAAUUUCUAUCCUUGCACCACUUUUGCACAAACUUUUCUCAUGUUCUUAAUAUAAUGCAAAGUUUGCCUCAAUAUUAAUAGUGUUUGUAAUUAUUUGCUACCUUUAUCUACGUUUUAGUCUGUUUUUGACGUUUUCUCGGCCUUCUCUUAUCAUUCUGUCAUUUGAAAACAUGAGCACGAGACAAAUCAUUCUUCCCUAUAAACCCCAAUCUAAAGACAUUUGAGGACUACAGGGUUGAAACUUUUGUAUAUCUAAGGUAAUAUUUAAUUUGCCAUUUUAACAUGUUCCAAUUUUGUACAAAUUGAGACUCCUUAUUUUAGUAUCUUAACCACUUCGACUGACAUACCAUUAAUUAAAUAUCUAUUGGUUAUUUACAAACAAAUGUUCAUAUAUGAAACAAAAUUUUUCAUAAAAAUAUACUAUAGGGUCUGAAUUUUAGACUGUUUGAUAACUUGUAUGCAUUUAAAUAUGCAUUGAAACUUUUAUUUUUAAAUGUGUGUCUUAAAAUAAGGAUAAAAAUUCUAAAAAAGGCUUUAUAUUGGUAAGUUAGUUUUUCAAGUUGCUGUGAUAUUGGCUGAGAUGUAAAAUGUUGAGCCCUUUUGCCUGCAAAUGUGCCCUAUACUUUUAUUAACAGGGCGAAAACCACGAUUUCGAUUUAUGAAAUUGGUUUGAGUGUGCCCUGUAUAUAGAACCAUAAAGUGUUUCUUGUCUCUAAUAUUAUUAAUAUUUGUAGGUUGUGUAAUUUUUAUAUGUAAUUGUACACCAAACUUGUUGAUGAUAUGUGGCACUAAUCUGUUAUCAUUGCCUUUUUAACUUUUAAUAUGAUGUGAUGUUUGUAAAUUAGGACAAAUGAACUACAUGAUUUGAAAAUUUAACAAAAAACUAAUUUGACCACCAUUUUUGAUUGAGGAGUAACUAUUUCAUUAUUUUAGUAAAAUAGCCAAAAACUAGAAGAAAAUUUAGCAGCACUUCUUGUUGCAACUGCUAACGUUCAACAUAAAACUUUAAGUGGCCUUAUUCAGUGUGUCCUGGGAUGGGCCUAACUAUAACUGUAAAAUCAUAUUCCUCAUUUUUAUAAAGUUUAGCUUAUUUUAAAAAGUUAUUUGAUAUAUAUGUUAAAACUGUAUGUUAUGCUGAUAUUGUGAUUAUGGAUUUUUCAGAAUAAUGAGAAGUGUAACAUUUACAAUUAUGGUUAGAUGAAUCCAAAGACACACUAUAUAUUUUGAAGUAUUGUGAAUGAGUGUAUUGCUCCUCGAUUAAAGUAAAUUCAUCAGAUAUUUUUGUGAGCCUAAAUAUUUCUGUUAUUGCACCGAUAAUUACUAUAAAAAUUUUAGUAACUCAGGAAAAAGCAUUUUGAAUGAAAUAAAAAUGUAGUAAUCUUCUUUUAAAUUUCAAUAUCAAUUUUUCUUUUGUAAAUAAAAAGAGAACCUUUUUAUUAUAGUGUGUACCUGAAAAUAAUGCAUUCCGUUCAGGUAUGGAUCUAGUUUGGUAUUUAGAAUAAAACUAUUUUUUUUUAAUGAGUAAGUAAAGUCUAGUGUACUUUACACAAUUGGCAUCGCAGCUAAAAAUGUACAUUGAAAAAAUAGGAAAAAAUGUUCAUCAAUUAAAGUAGGGUUUGUAUACAUACAUUGACACAAAGCAACUAUAAAUCAGAAAAACUUCAAAUGAGGAGGAACAUAGGACGGUAUUUUAAAACUCUAAUAGUAUUUUGCGAGAUCCGUACUGAAAUAAUUAAAAUGGGAUAAAAAAUGGACUCAAAAAAGGAAAGAAAAAUCUUUUAUUUUCACCUUUUCGAAGAAAAAGUUUUUGCUCGUUUCAAAAAUAAUAAUUUAAACAGAAUAACUCUGAAAUACAAUGACAGAUGUGAAAAAAUAAAAACUUUUUUUUUAUUAUUUCACUAAAGCAAAGAAGUAUUCAACUUCUGUUUGAAUUAUUAUUUUUUUGUGUGUCAUCGGCAUCAACUGCUAAGGUUAUUACCCUCGUGUUUUGUGUAGGCUUUGUUACUGUUUCCCAGCGCCACUUUAGGAACAGCACUGUUAAUUAGAACCCAAAAGUGAAUGGGUUCAUUAUUAUUAUUGAAACAAUCAAAAAACUUUUAUGAAGAAUAACAUUUUUUCUAAAAGAUGAAAAUAAAGUUUUUCCUCUUCAGUCCAUCUGGGGUCACCCUGUAUAUUAGUAAGUAGUAAUUUUAAUUUUUACCUCAAUAGUAUCUAUUAGUAUGGCACAAAAUGUCAAGCCCAGGAUACGAUUGAUUAUUAUCUUUUGUCCAAAAACGCGGUUUUCAAGUAAUACCUGUAUUGUGACAAAAAUCUAAUUAGUUUCUUUUAAGUAUAUUUGACGCUGACGAUUUUGAUUUUGUAAAUAAAAUUUUUUUUCAUUGAUUUUUGGAAAAUAAAUUGCUAAUUACACAUGUUAGUUAUAUUUUGGGUGUUGAACCUUCGGUAGAACGGUUUAAAAUUAAAGAAAUGCACACAAUAAACGGAUUUAUAGAUAUUAAUAAAAUUUUGUACAUACAUGGUGAAUCUUUUAUGUUGAGAUGACGAAAUAUCUCUAAGGGUCGAUCUUUUCACCUCUGAGUAAAGUUACAUGGUUUACUUGACAGUACAAUAGCCCUACAGUUUAAUCAGCAAGUAGUUACUUUCAACUUUACUCAGAGGUGAAAAGAUUGGCCUUAAAACUACUUUUUGGAUAAAAAAAUAAGAAAUUUGUUCGUCUCAAAGGGACUUGUCCAAUCAGUACUAAUCAUGACCUACACCACAUGCCACUUUGAAAUAUCAAAUAGGAACCUGUACCUUUUAAUGCAUUUUCGAAUUCUAGCUCAACAAAAUGUACUCGACUAGCUCAACAAAAUAUACCUACAGGCUUUCUCAGAAACUGUUUUUCGAUUCCUGAAAAAUGUAAAAAUAGAUGUUCCAAUUUUUUAUAAAUAUCCUUAGCAGUUGAAGCCGAU